CCUGACACUUUUCUGCAGGAGAGCAAAAACGAGUGCGCGUCCACGUGUCCUGUAAUUGACGCACCUGCUAGUCUUAGCAAAAUUGCACAAGUCUGGUUGCUGACAGACUUGGAAUAUUAUCACACUUUUCUCGGGAUUGUGAAUGUUUCCUGCCGCUUGAACAAUGUUCAAGAUAAUAGAUAUGAAGGUUAACUCCCCCUCAUGUAUUUGGGGUCGUGUGGUAUGUGAUGAUGUGCACUCCAGCACACAAUACAACACUCUACUGUCACAGAUGAACAUUUUUUACAGUGAUGUUCACCAGGAUUGUCAAAAACUUGUGCCCUCGACCAUAGAGGAAGGGCAGGUGUACGUAGUCUACUGGUCCUGCAUAAAGUCUUGGUGUCGAGCUAAGGUUGAAGCAGUCAUCAAUGACUCGGUUCCAGUGCAGGCGUGCUGCUUCCUGGUUGACCAUGGAGAAAGGCUCUGUGUUCCCAAAGACCAGAUUCGAAUUGGACUCCAGAAGUACUUCCAGCUGCCGUUCUGGGUGAGGCGCUUCCACCUCGCGAGAAUCAAGCCAAUGAAGCUGCACGUUUCUCCAUGUGAGGAGUUGGCUGAGCUCAUCCCCUCUAGUCAGUGGGACAGCUCUGCUACACUGUAUCUACACCGUCUGCUUCAAGCCUCAACUCUAGUUGAAGCGGUGUUGCUGGUGAAAGAGUGUGAAUCCACUGCCAUCGAGCUCUACAUGACCAUUGACUCCUUCAAGAUUUGUGUCAAUGACGAUCUCGUAGCCAAGAGGUUUGCUAAUUACCGCAGGCAGCCGACUGACAACUGCCUGCUGGACAGAAAGGACCGAACACCCUUGAUGUUGUCACCUAACAUCCUCAGCCAGACUGUACAGAAACCCAUGCUCAAGCCGUUAGAAUGCACCCCACCAUGUCCUGUGUUAGGUGAAGCUCAUGCACCUUGCCAAGAUGUUGAAAUCCACUUCAAAACUGCAGUGACAUCACAGAGUAUUCACAAAACCCUCAAUGGUGAUGGGCUGCAAUCCGAUUUUGCUGUCCAUGACAUCAAAUCUAACAACUGGCUGCUGAACGGAUCUGAUGAAGGAAAAGGGUCAAAGGACACUGAAGGCCACUGGCCACCCCUGGGCUUGCCCAGCACGUCCACUUCCGAGAGUGACUUGUCGGCGGACUCCUCUUCGGCUUCAGCAGUGAAUGAAAACCAAAUUUCUGUCAGGUCCUCUGGUCAUCUGGAUCUUAGCAAUGGAGACCAGCAGACAGCUAGCAUGGAUAAUCUUGAGCACAGGGAUCACCAAACUGAAAAAACAAGUGAAAACUCUGCCAUCUUCUCAGGAUCAGACUUCGACAGACAAGAGUCUGUAGUCGUGCCAAAGGCCCUAAAUAAGGAGGCAAGAUUUUGCCAAAGCUUUUUAAUGUGUCUGAACCCAGCACUGUUGAAGACUAGUCUUGAUGAAGAAAGUCGCCCGUUGCUUCGUGUGGAACCUAUGAGGAAUGAGAUUUUGGUGCACUCAGCACUCCCACCAUUGGAGCCCUGCUCGAGCCUGGAUGAUAUUCACUUCACUGAGGCUCUCUGUUGGGAGUUGAAGAGACGCCGUCACCCCACCCUGUCUCCAUCAGAGAGUCACAGCUGGCCACCUCUUCUACAGGGCUGCAACACCCUCAUCAUCUCUAGCAACGCAGAUGACCUGCUCACUUCUAUUCCUCCACUGCUUCAACAUAUCAUGCUGAACUCCAUCUACUGCUCCAAUACCACCAGCACGGGGCCCAUAGCAGUAGUGCUGUGUCCUGGCUGGGAGAGAGUCCAAAUGGUGGACGACCUGCUGAACAACUUGAAUGUAUCCCGGCUCUUAAAUCCAGCUGCAGUGCUGCUGGGCCUUGGAAAGGACGAGGCUAAAGAAUUUAGAAUCUCCAGAAACUGCCUUUUCUUAGUGACAACACCGUUCAGUCUGGUCCGCCUGCUUCCAUGCCGCUGCUUCCUCUUUCUGCGUGUGCAUCACCUGAUUCUGGACCAAGCUGACCAGCUCUUCACUCAUGCUGCUGUCCAGAUGUCGACCAUUCUGCAACAUUUUAAGAAGACUGCGUCAAGCGAGGAGAACCAUGGCUGUCCCCAUCAACUUGUUGCAACGUCCAAGAAAUGGACCAAUGAAAUGGAAGAUUUGGUUGCAAGCUAUAUGACCCACCCUUCAAUCAUCAUCUCAUCCCCUGAAGAAGCUGCUUUCUACGGUGAAGUUCAUCAGAUGGUCCGUGUGACUGUUGAAAGCAGCAAGAUCUCAGUUCUUCUGGGAUCUUUAGACUUCAGUCCCGAUGUUGGCCAGAAGACACUUGUUAUUGCCAACUCUCCCAAAGAGGCUGAAGAGGUGUUCAAGGCGGUUAGCAGCAAGUCGGCUUUCUGCCUCAAGCUCCAUGAGGGGUUAACAGAUCAGAUUGAGGAAGUGUUACUUCACUGGAGGAAAGACAUUACACCUGGAAGUCACAUACUUUUAGUGACUACUGAUGAGUGUCUGACUUGUCUGGAAAUUAGCGAUGCAACGUGUGUCAUUCAUUAUAGUUUCCCAACUUCACCCAAAUGUUUUGGCCGUCGACUCUUCUGCAUGGCGGACUACUUCAGGAACCUCUCUGGAGUCAGACAGGAGGCACAUCCAAAGGGUUCCCCUCCUGUCGCCAGGUCACUCGUGCUCAUCUCAGAGAGAAAUGCCCGUCAUGUGUCUGGAAUCGUUCGCUACAUGAAACGCACUAAUGCCCUGCUGCCCUCAGAACUGCUCUCUUUUGCUGAGGCCAUUCAAGCGGUGCAGGAGGAGCAAAAGUCCAGUCUCUGCAGCUCCUUGAAGAGUUGGGGUUUUUGCAGUAAUGCCAGUAAGUGUCUGGAUCGUCACAGGUAUGAUUCCAUCCUGGAUGCAUCAGAAUUGCCGUCAUCUGGAAUCAUUGAGGUUGUUCCCCUCCAUGUCAAAACUGCUUCAGUCUACUACGGACGAGUCCUCAAUGGAGACACUGACUUUGAGAGGAUGAUGUCAGAGCUUGCUUCUUAUUACGCUGAGAAGAACAUGGGGAUGGUGGAGGAGGUGCUGGAAGGAGGAUUGUAUGCUGUUGAGGAGAACAACACCUUCCACAGAGUCAAGGUUCUAUCAGUCCUGGACCGAGGCGAUCGGCUCUUUUUCAGUGUCUUAGCUGAGUUUAUCGAUGUGGGGAAGAAAGAAGAAGUCAGAGCCCAUCAGCUCCUGCCGUUACCUGAAAGCUUCCACUCUCUACCCAGCCAGGCUGUCGAGAUCGUCCUCUGCCAGUUGAAACCAAGUGAUGCUGAGACUCAGUGGCACCCAAAGGUGACCAGAGUCAUCAGUCAAAAGAUCGAAGGUGUGCAACACAGAGCUCGAGCUGUUUUCGCUCUCGGAAAGACUGUGUUUGUUGACUGCAUGGUCCGUGUGACAAAAGUUCCUGGGAUAAAGGCUCAGAUAAAUGAGUACAACGUCAAGUCACUGAUUUUAAACACUGGAAUGGGAGAAGGAAACCCCCAGCAUCUGGAUGUGCUUCAAGCACUUUGUCAUAAAGAUGCUAAAAGUGUUGGAGAGUCCAAAAACCUCUUUGGGUCUACCAACGGGCACCUGAGUCAGGCUGAUGUCAGUAAUACUGAGGAUGAGGUUCUUCUUAAAGCCUUUCAAGAGGCACAACUUGAUGGACUGGCCCACAUUGAGAAUACUAACUUGAAAUCUGAUAUGACAAAUCGUCCAGACUCUUCAGAACCACCAUCACAUGGUGACUGCUACCUGGAGUCAACAAAGGACCAAGCACAUUCCUCUCAUUCUCCAGCUCCUUUUCCGGGAAGCAACAAUUCUGAGGAGGAAAUGUCAAACUGUCUGACCAGUCACCCCCCACCCUCCCAGAAAGCUGUCUCUGAGGAACCUCAUGUCCAGCUGGUCCUCACCCAAGUGGAGAACAAGGAUUUACCUCAAAGUUUGCAUCCUCAGGUCCACUGGUACCAGACUUUAGAGUCUGUGAUCGUGACGGUGAAGUUGAUUGCUCCAGGGAAUCAAAAAUGCGGUUUCUUCCCAGACAAGGUCAUGUACAGUGGUCAGGUCAAUGGUCACACUUACAGAGCAGACCUCCAACUUCAGGGAACCAUCAUUGCUGACCGUUGCUCCUGGCAGAUGAAGUCCAAUGAGCCAGUUCUCAAACUUGUCAAACUUCAGAGUGGACGCUGGGAUCGACUGGUCAAGAGCAAGAAUAUUUUUGUAAGUUAUGAUUUGGCUCACCUGGAUGAAGACGAGUAUGAUGAAAUGGAAAGAAGGAACAACACGGAACACCACCACACGCCAGAUUUCUAUUUCUCUGAAGAAACAGGAGAGGAAAACUGGUACAUGAGCUCGGACAGUGGCAGUGAGAGUGACUAAGCACAAUGUGCGACGCAACAAACAAGGGUUUAGGUUUUUUUUUAUCAUACUAUCUUCAUUAUUAUUACAUUUAAAAUGACCUUUAAUUUUUUCUAUGGCCCUUGAAAACUUGUGUUUAAUCGUGUUUUAUAUUACAGUAUGUGAUUUUUUUUUUUCUUUACUCAUUUAUUUCAAUUUUGUUUACUGUUGCUGAGCAAAAAGGAAAUGAAAUUUAUAUAUUUCAUUGUUUUUCCUUCUGCUGGAGCAUUUCCCAGUUGCUUGGAUUGAGAAGCAGAUAUGUUCUUUGAGUUUUCAGGAAUAGUUGCAUUGUGGUCUUUUGAGUUCAGUGCUUCUGAAGUGGAUUAAAAAAAGUAUAAACGUAUAAAUGUACUUGUUUCUUUAUGGGUCAUUCAUGACUAGUUAGAUUGUUUUGAUUAUUUGGUUGCUCUAUACACAAGACAAGUGAAUCGGAAUCCUUUCUGUCUGAAGUCCGAAUGUACAGCUCUGUUUCAAGAACAUGCAUUGAGCUGAAUUGGUGACUCUAAAUCGCUGUGUACGGUGGUGUGUGAAUAGUUGUCUGUCUGGAUGUCCUGUGAGGGACUGGUGACCUGCCCAAAUAGUUAUACCUAUCAAAAAAGUUUUCAUUUAAGAUUCUUUGUUAAAAUGAUUUCUCUGUUUUGCAUAGAACUGUUCCGCUCAAUUUUUAUUUUCAUUUAAUUCACUUGAUAAAUGCAGAAAAUGUGGAUCUGCUCCUCUGUUAUUUGUUCUGCUUUAAUAAUAAA